AUGAACUCGCCAGUCGCCGUCUUUGUCGUCGUCUUGGUCGCUGUGCUGCAUAUCCAAGUGGCAUCGUCGCUGCCAAGCGCCAGAAUUGCAUCGAGGUCUCUCAUCACCUGCGGAGUGGUUCCGGAUGUGACAGCGUUCUGCCAAAACUACCAGCUCGGCUGCGAGUCCCUGUGCGGCAGCGCUUCGAUCCGGGAACACGCCAACGACGAGCACCAUCACCAGCGGCACCACAAAAAGCAGCUCCAGCAGCACAUCGUCGACAUCGCCUAG